AUGGACCUCAACCUCUUCCGGACAUUUUCCGAAGCUCUAAUCCUUGCACUACUAUCUUCCCCCCCGAAAAGUCAGGGAGUCUGCCGGCUUCCUAAGUCGCACAGCGCCGGGCUGCACGAAGGCCCGGGAGUUCUCGGGAAGAACCGGGGCCCCCUAGUCCGUCCCGGCCCCACCUCCCGCCGCUGCUCGGAGCUGCGGCGAAAACCUGGAGAGCGCCGCACCAGGGCCGGAGCACUGCGCAUGCCCAAUGGCCCCGCCGGGUGCGGGUCGCCAGCCGAUUUCCUCCAGCUCGCGCAGCGGAACCCGGUACUGGGACAGUGGUCGCGCGGCAGAGACAGCAGCCUUCCGUGGCUCCGGCCUUCCGGGCUGGCCGCUCGUACCGCCGUGGCUUGGGUCGCCCUGGACGCACUACCCGCAGGGGGCGGAAGUUGGGGAGAGGAGUUCCCGUUCCUAAGGCGCCGGCAUCGCUCCUCCUGCCGCUUCCCUGUUCUGACCCAUUCCCGGCGACAGAGGAUGAAGGUGGCGAAAGAUGUUUGGACAGCCGUCGCUCUCCAUGCUUUUCUCCUGCUGCUGGUUAGCUUGGAUGGCGAUGGUGUUAGUCACCUGGGGUUCCGAAAUCUUUGGGCCCGCAACCUCAUUACCCAAGAAUUCUUUAUUUAGAACGGCACAUUCACGACCACACCUAGACCUACGGAAUCAGAAACGCCACUAAUGGGCUUCCUUCCUGAAAUCUGGUUAACAAGCUCCCAAGGUGAAUCUAAUGGCCGCUUUCCCUAAGCUGUAGAGACCCGUUUUCGUGUGUGACGCUGAAAACUUAGUGUCCUCUGCCCCCAAGCACAGUGAAAAAUCGGAUUAAAAAUGUGUCUGCUCCUGUGUGAGCUCUUAAGGUCUUGUCCUCUCCUGCACCUCUGGACUCUUCACCUUAGGACACUAUGCUAUCGCACUUCUCAGGGAGAUAAGAAAGGAUGGCUUGACACAUGCUGCCUUUAAGUGACAACUGACAACUUGCUGUAUUUGGAGUGUCAACCCAGAGCAAGGGAGUGGUCUGACAUUAUAGUAGCCCCGCUGGGUAUUUUCAUCAGUUUGUACCUAAGAGGUAAAAAAGAGGCUUGCUGUCUUGUGAAAUAAGUACUGGACAGCCGCUGGCUGUUUGCAAUGUUACUUUGCAUUUUGCUGUAACCAAGGUCAAAGGACACGUGCUGCUGCACAGCAAGUCAAGGAAUCCAGACUUUUAAAUUCUCCCCCACCCUCCCACACACACACACACACACACACACACACACACACACACACGUUACAAGUGUGUCCCAGUCAAUAUAGGGUUAAUUUAGAUUUUCUUUUUUUCCACUGUAUUUUUGAAGUGUUUUAUAGAAAAAAAUAAACAGAUUUUUCUAUAUGUAGUUUUAGGAGUAUUCAUAAUACAUGAAAAGGGUAAGAUACAAAAGGAUUUUAUAUUCCAAAUUUCACUCCAAUUUCAAAAAAUAAUUCUUAGAAAAAGCACAUGUAAAUAUAACAUAGCUGGAAGUAAAUAUAGGAAUGAUAAUCUAAAGAGAUAUCCCAGCCUUUAAAGUAAUUUGAAUGGUAUGGUCAUAAGAGACACUUCAGAGUUGACAUACUUUUAAGUUUAGUUCUGGUCUUUAAGUCAGUCACUCUUUAUACCCCUCCCCCCAAAAUUAAUCAAGAUAAAAUGUUCCUUUUCUAGUCCACUGAACAGUGAAGAACCUUAACAGGAGGCAGAGAGGUACCUCAGCAGUUAAGAGUACUUGCUGUUCUUGAAGAGGACCCUAGUUUAAUUCCCAGCACCCCACAUAUCUCCUUGUACACAAAACAUCUUUCCCUGCAUCUUCAAUGCCAUGUGAUGGAUCUGUACUAUCUUUGAUCUUUGGGAUUCCCAGCACAUGAGUUGGCACCAAACAGCCCUUAGUAAAUAGUUGCUGAAUCAUAACUCAUUAUUUUCUGUUUUUCUCUGUGCUACAGUUAGGUAUAAGAAGGUUAAAUACAUACAAUGGAAAUGUCUUUGCUAUCCCUUUCUAAUUAGCAACUUUCUCAAUCUCAUGUAGAUUUUAAGGGGAUUUUCAAAGUAGACAUUUACUACUGAUGGCCGCCAUGGACUCAUAGGUUUGGAUUAAUUGGUCUUCAGUGGAACUGUUUGGGAAGGAUUAGGAGCUGUGAUCCUUUUGUAGGAAGUGUGUCACUGGAUAAGCUCAUGCUAUUUCCAGUUAGCAAUGCCCACCUUCCUCUGCCCCACUCUGUCCCUCUCUGCUUCCUGUUUGUGAAUCAGUAAGUUUUAGCUACUGCCCCAGCACUGACUGACUGACUGCCACCAUGUUCUUCCCAUUGUGUUCCUGGACACCAGCCCUAAAGUUGUAAGCCCCCAGGUAAAUGCUUUCUUUUAUAAGCUGACAUGGUCAUGGCAACAGAAAACUUCAUGUCAGAAAAGAGCAAACAGAAAACUAAGGCAUUUCACUAACAAGGGACAGCGGAAUAGAGGGUGUCUAUAGAGUGCUGCUGGGGACAGUACGUAUGGUAUCCCUAACAAAACCACCACUUAAGUCCUGGCCUUUCAAGUAAUCUGUAUGGAACUCCAGACAGGUUUAAUUCUUGCCUCUCAAAGUGAGAGUGCUAUAAUCCACCCCCUCUUUGUUUCCCAUGGCUAUCAUGAAAAUUAAUUAGAUCCUUAAUAUAAAUAUAUGUCUAUAAAUUUUUAUGGACAAUUAGAAGUGAACAUAAUAAAAAGCAUGGAAUACUGUU